AUGAGAAAGGCACCUUGCGAUGAACAGAUCUAGUCCUGUUAUUGUUGCUUAAUUUGCAAACACAUAUUUAAAGGAAUCAUAAGUUACUAAUUUGUUCUUUUGUCAAAAACAGAAAAAAAAAAAGAAGAAGAAAAACUAUGGUAAGCUAUUUUAUCUGAUUGAACUUGUCUCUGCUUCUUGGCAUUGCUUGCUCAGUCUUCUUAAUACCUUACAUGGCGAUCCGACUUAAUGAUGCGGACUCGAACCAGUAUCCCACAAAACCAUCUCAGUUGGGUUCAGUGAUGGUAAGAGGUGCGCCCAUCGUGGCUUUAAUUGGUGGAUUUGUCUGCGUUGUCUCGACACUUUGGGCUCUUUUUGGUCGUGCCGAUGGUGGUUUCGGAAGUCUAGCUGAUCGAUGGCUAUAUUUGGGAAAUUAUAUCGGAUCAGAGAGGCUUGCUUAUGCAUUCAUAUGGGAUAUUCUACUUUACGCCGUAUUCCAACCUUGGUUGAUUGGUGACAACCUUCAAAAUGUAAAAGAAGAUUAUACAGAACUCGUAAAUGUCUUAAGAUUCGUCCCUGUUGUGGGCUUGGUUGCAUAUCUCUUGUGCUUGGAUUAUGUAAAAGAGUCCUAGUUGAAGUUUGAAUUUUAAUCAUAUACUUUGUACUAUGUUCAUGAAUUUCAAGAGCUUUUUUUUUUUUU